AUGGAGAGAACACGGGUCGCUAAGGUUGACGAUGUGACCUUGGCGCGUCGUGGUGAACAGGUUGUUGGCACCCUCCACCUCACCCCUCAUCAUAUCAUCUUCUCUCAUAUACCGUCGCUGCCGGACAGUGCACAACCUUCCACUACACCGAUUAGACCAAGAGAGCUUUGGAUCACCUACCCUAUCAUCUCUUUCUGUACCUUCCGCCCCGCUCCGGCUGCUUCCCGCCAACCAUCGUCGAUCCGUCUGCGUUGCCGUGACUUUGCAUUCGUUUGUUUCUAUUUCACUAGCGAGACGAGAGGCCGUGAUGUUUAUGAGAGUAUAAAGCAGUGGACAUGCAAAGUUGGGCGGAUCGAAAAACUCUACGCUUUCACUUACCAGCCACCACCUCCCGAGCGGGAACUCAACGGCUGGGAGCUGUAUGACCCACUGAAAGAAUGGGCGAGGCAGGGGGUAGACCGGGAUAACCAUGGCUGGCGUAUCUCUCGCAUCAAUACGGACUAUACGUUCUCCCCGACGUAUCCUGCGCUCUUGCCGGUCCCGUCCUCUAUUUCUGAUAAUACGCUUAACUAUGCGGGGCGAUAUCGAUCUAGGGCAAGAGUGCCCGUGUUGACGUAUCUUCACCCCGUUAAUAACUGCUCGAUCACAAGAAGCUCACAACCCCUGGUGGGUGUGCGUCAAAAUCGAAGCAUUCAGGACGAAAAGUUAUUAGCUGCGAUUUUCUCGACCUCUCGUUCCGAGAGACCGCUAGCAAAUUUCAACCCAGCGCAUUUAGAUCGAGAAUCAUCUAGUUCAACGCAAGGCGAUGCAAAUGAUGAGACCGUGACUGAUUUAGCCAGGACGGAAGACUUGGAGGAUGAGCUGUUAACUUCAUUCUACGGGGACUCGGACGGCAAGCAUCAGGUAUAUGGUGCUCAACAGCACAACUUGAUUGUCGAUGCACGGCCGACAGUAAAUGCAUUUGCGAUGCAGGCUGUUGGCCUCGGCUCGGAAAAUAUGGACAAUUAUAAGUUUGCAACCAAAGCAUAUCUCGGAAUUGACAACAUUCACGUUAUGAGGGAUUCCUUGAAUAAGGUGAUUGAUGCCUUGAAGGACUCAGACGUCACCCCGCUAGGACCAAAUAGAGAUCAGCUUGCACGCAGUGGGUGGUUAAAGCAUAUUACUGGAAUUUUAGAUGGCGCGGGCUUGAUUGCCCGCCAAGUUGGCCUUCAACACUCGCACGUAUUGAUACAUUGCUCGGAUGGGUGGGAUCGGACCGGACAGCUUAGUGCUUUAAGUCAGAUAUGUCUUGACCCUUAUUAUCGUACGAUGGAAGGCUUCAUGGUACUGGUGGAGAAAGAUUGGCUCUCCUUUGGGCAUAUGUUUCGGCACCGCUCUGGACACUUGAACAGUGAAAAGUGGUUCCAGAUAGAAAAUGAAAGGAUCGGAGGUGAUUCCAGUCGUGGCUUCGGGGAAGCCGGCGGUGCGGGCAAAGCCAUCGAAAAUGCAUUCCUUAGUGCCAAAGGGUUCUUCAACCGAGAUAACACAAGUCGUGACUCUCUUCCCGAGUCCGAUGGAGAAAUGCAAAGCUACGAUUCAGAUACUCCUGGUACUAAGAAACUCAGUUCCGUUCCAAAAUCGGUUACCCCUGAAAAGGAGAUGACGAAGGUGAAAGAGACUAGUCCGGUGUUCCAUCAAUUCCUCGAUGCAACCUAUCAACUGCUGUACCAAUACCCGACACGAUUCGAAUUUAACGAGCGGUUUUUACGCCGGCUGCUGUAUCAUCUUUACUCGUGUCAGUACGGCACCUUUCUCUAUAACAGUGAAAAAGAGCGUGUGGAGUCGAAAGCGAAGGAGCGCACCCGGAGUGUGUGGGACUAUUUCCUCGCCCGGCGAGAGCAAUUUCUCAACGCGAAGUACGAUCCCCAUGUUGAUGAUCAUAAGCGUGGGAAAGAACGCCUCAUAUUCCCACGGCUCAGUGAAGUCAGGUGGUGGAGUGAGGCAUUUGGUCGAACGGAUACAGAAAUGAAUGGCAUUCGUUCGACUGGAUCCCCUCCUGCGCAACGCGAGAACAUUGAUAUGGAACGAUCACCGGUGCUGACUGGCAUCGAGACAGCCCAGGAUGCUGUCACCAGUAGCACCGGUAUGAAAGGGGCUCACAAUGCUGCCUCAGCUGGCAUGGCAGCCGUCACGUCGGGGAUAUCGAGUUUGGCUUUCUCCAAGCCCAAGGAGAACGGGCAAGACCCCAGAAGUAUGGGUCAGCUUGAAGUUGAAAUGCAAUGA